AGGCGGGGGGGAGGCUGCCCGCCAGCCGCCUGUGCGCCGCUUCUGGGGGAGCGGGGAGCUGCGUGCCUGGAGGCCGGGGGUGUCUGAGAACAUGUGGUAGUGGUUUCCGCCACUGGGAAUGCGGCACGUUUCCCUGGGAAAGGAUGGACUUCACUGAUCCAGCAGAUCUCGUCAUUCUCCCCAAGCACAUCCUGGACAUCUGGGUCAUCGUCUUGAUCAUCCUGGCCACCAUCCUCGUCAUGACGGCCCUGGUGCUCUGCCCGGCCACUGCCGUCAUCAUCUACCGGGUACGGACUCACCCCACACGCAACGGCAUCGUGUGAGGCGAAGGCGACGAGAGAUGGCUGGCUUGCCAGGCAGGGGGACACAGCCGUGGGAUCCUGUGCCAGGGACCCUGUAGAGCCCGAUGGGGCACCCCGAGAGCUGGGGAGAGAUGGGCAGGAGCUGGGGUGGGCCAGCACCCAGGCGCCUGCCCCUGUUCCUGGCUCUUGCCGGGUGAACCCACUGCCUCCUGUUUACCCACUGAACUCAUGGGGACCUGUCGGGGAGAUGGCAGCCUGGGCACCAGCAGGGAGAUGUGUGACUUUGCGGAUGUGUCCAGCUAGAACCGACUUGCUCCCAUGAGGCAGGCAGGCUGGUCUCGCCUUUGCUGGCGACCCUGUCUCCUCCCAGGCAAGCAGCAAGGAGUGGAAAUGCCCAGCAAAGUUUUUUCUUCUUUGGAGUCCCAGCUGUCAGGAUGGUUGGGAAAGGAGGGUCAAAGCAAGAUGGGUAUGGCUUCUGGUUGUGCAUUCAGAGACUCAACUAAAAGCAUCGGUGACAGAGCCCGUCCUGGCUGCGCAGCAGACAUGCAGCUGGCACUGGCUUCUCCUCUAUCAGAUAACUGCUGAAACUGUAGGAAAGAUCUAUGGGGCGCUCGGUUCCUCUGGGUCUAGCAGGGCAGCGGGAUGCGGGCAGCUCCUGCCAGCCUGCCUGCCUUGCCUGCACACUGGCUGU